UCUCUCUCUCUCUUCCCACAGUUUCCUGCUCUAACCUCUCUCUCUCGGUCCAUGUGGCCAUUGUGUUCAGUGCAUCUUCCUGGCUCUCCCUCUCUCUUUUUUUUCCGCCAGAUUAUUCUCUGAUUCACAUCCUUUCCUCGAAUGAUCGGUUGAGAGAAGAUGGUUUCAGAGACUUGGUUUCGCAAUCUAUGGAAAUUCCCAAAGAAACAGCACGAAGGCCAUAAAGAGAAGGAGGUGCUCGGAGUAUUAGCCUUCGAGGUCGCGAGCUUACUCUCCAAACUCGUUCAUCUAUGGCAGUCUCUGAGCGACAAGAACGUCGCUAGGCUUAGGGACGAGAUAACACGCUCCACGGGUAUCAAGAAGCUAGUUUCGGAAGACGAUGACUUCGUCGUGAGGCUAAUACGCGAAGAGAUGAUGGAGAGCGUCGAGAAUGUAGCGAAAGCUGUUGCUAGGCUCUCUAGCAAAUGCAGUGAUCCCAAGCUGAAGAGCUUUGAGAGUUGUUUCGGUGAGAUGAUGGUGACUGGUGCUGACCCGUACGGGUGGCAGUUUGGGUGGAAGAAGAUGGAUAGGAAAGUGAAGAGGAUGGAGCGUUUUAUUUCGUCGAACGCGAGUCUUUACCAAGAGACUGAGAUUUUGGCGGAUCUUGAACAGAGUUUCAGGAGAAUGCUGACUAGCGAAUCAGCAACGGACAAUCUAUUGGAGUGGCAGAGAAAAGUCGCGUGGAAAAGACACGAAGUGAAGACUCUGCAGGAUGCGUCUCUUUGGAACCGUACUUAUGACUAUACGGUUCUUCUCCUGGUUAGAUCGAUUUUCACGAUCUUGACUAGGACUAAACAUGUUUUUGGGAUUAGUUACAGAGUAGAGGCUAGCGAUGUUAGCUCUGCGGAUUCUGAUUUCAUCGGUCGUAGCCAAUCGGUUUCUACUAUUUUGACUCAUCAAUCUGAGAGUACUGGUCCUCCUAGAUUUGCUUCUGGUCCUCUUGGGAUAUUCACCGGUCCAGCGUCAGGCUCAGCUGCUACAAGGUCAACGAAGAUGGGCGAUUUCCUUUCUCUCAGCACUGAGUCCCCUAAGUCUGGUCCUCUUGUUGCAGAGAAGAACAAACGUUUCAAUUUUUACUCGGGUCAGCUCGGGAAGAUCACCUCCAAGUCAGGACCGCUUCUCGGAAUGGGCAAACAUAACAAGAAGAUGGGGCAGACUCAGACUCCUGAAAGGCCUUCAGUCUCCUCAGCGAAAAAGCAAACCAAACCCAACCGGUUAACACAGGUUGGUCCGUUUAAAGGCUGCAUGGUGUCUCACGACGGUGUUAAUCCUCACAGCACUAGGACACAGAACGGAGCUAGGAGUAGUAGUGGUGAGCAUCAUCAUCAUGAAAACUUGACGUUUCCUUCUCGGCCCAAGCUGUCAGACGCUGCUCCCAACACCCUCGGUGCCGCUUGCUUAGCGCUACACUACGCUAACGUCAUCAUCGUGAUAGAGAGAUUCGUUGCGUCUCCUCACUUGAUAGGUGACGAUGCGAGAGACGACCUUUACAACAUGUUACCGGCGAGCGUGAGAACAUCUCUGAGAGAGAGGCUAAAGCCCUACUCGAAAAACUUGAGUUCUUCCACGGUUUAUGAUCCAGGACUAGCGAAAGACUGGACAGACGCGAUGGCGGGGAUCCUGGAAUGGCUUGGUCCGUUGGCUCACAACAUGAUUAAAUGGCAGUCGGAGAGGAGUUACGAGCACCAGAGCUUGGUUUCGAGGACGCACAUAGUUCUCGCGCAAACCCUUUUCUUUGCGAACCAGCAGAAGACGGAAACCAUCAUUACUGAGCUUCUCGUUGGGCUGAACUACGUUUGGAGAUUUGGGAGAGAGCUUAACGCUAAAGCUCUUCAAGAGUGUACCACUAGUAGUAAAACCCUUGAGAAAUGUUUGGACACAGACAAGAAGUGAAUCUCUCCAAGACUACAUUAUUAGACCUAAGCUGGCACUGGAACACUCAAACCCCCGGGAAGACCAAACCGUGGGGACGCAGCUUGGACCCAAACCCAAAAAUCGAAAAGCUGUGACAUUGGUCGAUUACCACGAGAGGUCUUUCCUUUUCUAUUCUGCUUGGUGGAUUUGAAAUUCUUGACUUGUAGUAGGUAAGGUUGUAUAUUGUUUCUACGAUUUUAUUGUGGUUGAGAUGCAUACUACUACUGCAUAUACGUAUGUGCAAAGGUUGUUUUUUGAUUUUAUGUAAAAUCCGAUACAGAAGAAUCCUUAAACUUCGGAUUUUCAAGUUCUGAUUUGUUCAAGUUGUCUGUAUUAUAUCAUCAGUCGUGCUUGGUGUUUU